GACGGGGACCUGAUCGCUUUUUCCACCGACGAGGAGCUGGAGAUGGCGAUGCCCUACGUGCAGGACGGUGUCUUUCGUGUUUACGUCAAAGAGAAAAAGGAGUGCAGGCGGGAACAUCGCUCGCAGUGCAGCCAGGAGCCUCCCCGCGACAUGGUGCACCCCAAUGUGAUCUGUGACGGCUGUGAAGGCCCGGUGGUGGGUGCCAGGUUCAAGUGCACCGUCUGUCCGGACUACGACCUGUGCAGCACCUGCGAGGGUAAAGGCAUCCACAAGGAGCACAACAUGGUGAUGUUUCAAAGCCCACUGCUAAAACCAUUUGAGUGGAUUCCCCGAGGACGCUGGCUCCGAAAAAUGCGGCACGGUGUUCCACCCUUCCCGUGGAUGCACUGCUGGGGAUAUCCCGGCCCUGUAGCUCCAUGUCAAAGCUCCGAACAAGCCCAGGCCGGUGCUGCAGCCUCCAGUCCGCCCACUGCAGAAGAAGCUUCUACUAACAGCCAGCCUCAGGACCCCAACGUCACCUUCUUAAAGAAUGUUGGGGAGAGUGUUGCAGCUUUUCUGAGCCCCCUGGGUAUUGAAGUUGAUAUUGAUGUGGAGCAUGGAGGACAGAGAAGCAAAGUGACUCCUGCUUCUCCCAGUCCAGAGAAGAACAGUGCCGAGUCAAGCAGCAGUACUCUCAACCAGAAUGUUCAGACCAAACCAGACUGGAAUAACACAGAUUCUGCUACAGAAAUCAAUGCUGUUGCAGAGCAGAUACAAGACAUGGUGAUAGAUCCUGUGCCCACACAAAUGGAAGACGGCAGCUUCCAGUCCCAGGAACACAGUGAGUCCAGCAGUUCAUCAGGGGGCGAGGAGGACUGGACCCACUUAUCUUCCAAAGAAGUGGAUCCUUCCACAGGUGAACUGCAGUCUCUGCAAAUGCCGGAGACAGAGGGUCCCAGCUCCCUGGAUGUAUCUCAGGAUCCUCCCCAGCCAGGCCCUACAGGACUGCGAGAAGCUGCACUCUACCCACAUCUCCCGCCAGAAGCAGACCCUCGCCUCAUCGAAUCUCUGUCCCAGAUGCUGUCUAUGGGCUUCUCUGAUGAGGGUGGGUGGCUCACUCGACUCCUGCAGACAAAGAACUGUGACAUCGGGGCAGCGCUAGAUGCCAUCCAGUAUUCCAAGCAGCCACCUCACUUGUAGUGGUCUGUGUAACAAAAAGCACUUCCCUUCUAACUGAAAGCAAACAAUGCAGUACAACUUACACAGUGGUUCAUCUUUCUUCCUGCUAAGGGUUUCUGUCUCAUGUUCCUAAGUGCUUGUAGAAUGGAAGAAAAAUAAAUACUACUUCU